CUGAGAAUGACUGACAUCUUCAGGAGCCAAUCAGAGCAAAGAAUUCCGGGUAGCAACAAAAACAAACACAGACGCGUCGACCAAUCAGGAAGCGCGCUGAGGCGUUCCACACCCCCCUGUACAGACUGUUUACUUCCGUCAAUAUUAGAGGGAAGAGAGAAGAAAUUUCGUCCAGCAACAAAGGAGAACGAAUCGCGGUGCGGAAAGUUCAAUCGUUCAGCUGUUGUUAGAUGUAAUGCAUGUUUGUCCUGACUAAGCGUUGUCAGUCGUGUAUUUUCGAGCUUUUACCUCUUCAUAAAGAUGCCAUUCUUGGGCCAAGACUGGAGAUCUCCUGGCUGGAGUUGGAUCAAAACCGAGGAUGGAUGGAAACCCUUUGAGUUUUUUGGGGCUCACAGUAAAGAAUUUCAGCUGGAAGAACUCGACAAUGAAAACAAAGAGAACUUAUAUGCAGGAAAUGUGUGUGAAGUAGCUGCCAAGAAAAGGAAAAAGGACUACAUCAACAACAACACCAAAUCACAGUUUCUGUACAAGGAGCGCUGGAUCUACGUUCAGAAAGAGAGCACGCGAGAGAGACAUGGCUACUGUACGCUAGGGGAAGCUUUCAACAGGCUGGACUUUUCCAGCGCCAUCCAGGACGUGCGUAGAUUCGACUACGUGGUGAAACUGCUGCAUCUAAUCGCCAAGUCCCAGCUGACGUCUUUGAGCGGAGCCGCUCAGAAAAACUACUUCAACGUGCUGGAGAAGAUCGUGAGGAAGGCUCUGGACGAUCAGCAGAACCCACGGCUGAUUAAAGCCUUACUGCAGGACCUCAGCUCAGUCCUUGGGACUCUCAUCCGUGAAGUGGGAAAGUCUGUACUUGUGGGCAACAUCAACAUCUGGCACUGCCGCCUGGAAACCAUUCAUAACUGGCAACAACAGCUCAACAAUUUACAGAUCCCUAAGCGGAUCUCCAACGGCAUGACACUGAGCGACCUUCCACUACACAUGCAGAACAACAUCCUGUACAAGUUCAGCGAUGCCUGUGACAUCAUCAACCUGGGACAGGCCACGCCCACACUGCACAUGCUCAGCGAGGACCGGCAGCUGUGGAAGAAGCUGUGCCAGUUCCACUUUGCCGAGAAACAGUUCUGCAGGCACUUGAUUAUGUCAGAGAAAGGCCACGUGGACUGGAAGCUGAUGUUCUUCACGCUGCAGAAGUACUACCCAAAGAAGGAGCAGUACGGCGACACGCUCCACUUCUGCAGACACUGUAGCAUCCUCUUCUGGAAGGACCGACACGUGGCUUUGCUCUUGAAGGACUCGGGACACCCCUGCACGUCCAACGACCCCGACAGCUGCCUCACCCCCGUCUCACCCCAGCACUUCAUAGACCUCUUCAGGUUCUGAAGUUCACACCAUCUGCCGCACCGUGAAGGACUGACUCCAUAAACACCCGAGUUCUCACUCCUGACUCUGAUUUCCUUUUUUUUUCCUGACUCCAAACUGUGCUCUUCUCCUCCACCCCGGGAGCGAGCCGACAUCCUCUUCCCGUUCCGUGUUUGCCGUUAUUGAACGAGUGGCGUUCUUCUUUUCAUCAUCCCAAACUUUUAAGGGCUUACUAAUUCUAAAGAUGUCACGCCGUUUGUGUUUUCUUGUUUCUCGUCGUGCUUGUUUCGUUUUAUAAUCUCGCUAUGUUCAGUGCUGGUCUGUGGAAUAGUUGGGGUGGAGUUAAUAAAGAGGCUUUGCUGCAUGCUACAGUGAGGGAGGGACAGGAAGAAUACGGAAAACCGGCGGGAGAAAUAGAACGAGGCGUUUUACGGUAACCGAAUGCAUGUUGACGUAGCCGUAGGGUCGAGUUUAGGGUCCUUGUUAUUUUGUUGCGUUGUGCAUUUAUCCCGACGUGUAUUGACACUAAAGUGUACAUUUGCACCAGUUGCUUUUUGGCAUAUCAAACAGUGACUUUUUAAUGAUAGACUUUUCUCAAAUCAGAAAGAAAAGAAAAAAAAAAAGAAUUAUGUAAG